CCCUUAGAAUUUUUUGUUGUCGCUCUCUCUCUCUCCACCACCACAUAACAUAAUUUUUGCGGUCCUAGCACUUGUCCUCAACUCCAACUGAUUGAAAACCUUAAACUCUGCUAUUUCCAUCGCUACAGAGAAAGAGAAAUCCAUGGCGUCAGGCGGCGGCGGAGAGGCGGCGAGAUCGCUGGAAAUCGGAUCGGAUCAGAAAUUAGGGGGAGUAGGGAGCAGGAGCGCUGGAGGAGGAGGAGGAGGAGGUCAAUACUUCAGGGCUGAUACUCUUGAUUUCAGUAAAUGGGAUUUGCAUAUGGGUCAAACCUCCUCUUCCUCCUCUGCUGCCGUCAAGUCGUCCACAUCCACAAAAGCUUCGAUGAUGCACGAAUGGGAGAUCGACCUCUCCAAACUCGAUAUGAAGCACGUUCUCGCCCACGGCACUUAUGGCACUGUCUACCGCGGUGUCUACGCUGGCCAACAAGUCGCAGUGAAGGUGUUGGAUUGGGGAGAAGAUGGUCAAUCAACAGCUGCUGAAACUACAGCUCUGCGCGCUUCUUUCGAGCAAGAGGUUGCCGUCUGGCAGAAGCUCGAUCACCCCAACGUUACCAAGUUUAUAGGAGCAUCCAUGGGGACAUCUGAUCUGAAGAUCCCUCCAGCUAAUGAUUCUAGCGGACGUGGCAACGGAGGAGCACAUCCUGCCAGGGCCUGUUGUGUUGUCGUUGAAUACGUUGCUGGAGGCACCCUCAAGAAGUUCCUCAUCAAGAAAUAUCGCAGCAAACUCCCCAUCAAGGAUGUCAUUCAGCUCGCUUUGGAUCUCGCUAGAGGGCUGAGUUACCUGCACUCCAAGGCGAUAGUACAUCGGGACGUGAAGACAGAGAACAUGUUGCUUGAAACUAACAAGACGCUCAAGAUUGCUGAUUUCGGAGUUGCUAGAGUCGAAGCUCAAAACCCUCAAGACAUGACGGGUGAAACUGGAACACUUGGAUACAUGGCACCUGAGGUUCUUGAAGGAAAGCCUUACAACAGGAAAUGCGAUGUGUAUAGCUUUGGUGUAUGCCUCUGGGAGAUAUACUGUUGUGACAUGCCCUACGCUGACUGUAGUUUUGCUGAGAUCUCUCAUGCCGUCGUUCAUAAGAAUCUGAGACCAGAGAUUCCGAAAUGCUGCCCACAGUCAGUGGCAAACAUAAUGAAGAGAUGCUGGGACCCGAAUCCAGACAAGCGUCCGGAGAUGGAGGAGGUAGUGAAGCUACUCGAAGAGGUGAACACAAGCAAAGGCGGUGGAAUGAUACCACCAGACAAGUUUCAGGGGUUCCUCUGUUUCUGUAAACCUCGUGGCCCCUGAUCUCUCUCUCUCUCUCUCUCUCUCUCUCUCUCUCUCUCUCUCUCUCUCUCUCUCUCUCUCUCUCUCUCUCUCUCUCUCUCUCUCUCUCUCUGUGAUAUUCUGCGUGAUGAUUUUUGGAUUUUCUUCUUUUUUUUUUGUUUCUCUCUUUUGGAGACUUUCAAGUUAGAUAAGAAAAAACUCUCAUUCUGCUCUAUAUAUGUAUUUAUACUACAGCCAGUCUGGUCGUGUAUAAAAUUGAUGAUAAAGCUUUGAAACUU